UACUCUCUUAACUUUCAUUUCUCUCUCUCAAAACCCCCCGUCAUCCAAACACUCCCUUAUCUCCUCCUCCCCAUUUCCCCAUCAUUUCCAUUUCAGCUCAUCAACUCAAUAAAUCAAAAAUUACUCAAUUUUUCUCUCUAGAAAGCAAACAUGGCGCAGAAGAGAGAGAAAGAAGAGACGGAGUUGAAGGUUCCAGAAACCAUACCUUUACGUACUCCGACUAUUACGGGUACCGACGACCCGACCCGUGCAUCAGAUCCGAAACUACCUAACUUCAACGGGUCAAGACCUAGAUCCGAUCUAGUUUCUCAGCCGCAGCCAGAGAAAAAGCCCGCCGUCGAGGAUAAUAACAGGCGAUCGGUGAAGAGGCCGAGGGAGGAAGCUAAUCGGUGCUCGGGAAUUGAUUGCCGGAGGAAAGUCGGAUUGAUCGGAUUCCGGUGCCGGUGCGGCGAGGUAUUUUGCUACGAGCAUCGGUAUUCCGAUCGGCACAGUUGUAGUUACGAUUAUAAAGCAGCUGGUCGUGAAGCUAUUGCUAAAGAAAAUCCAGUAGUAAGAGCUGCGAAACUCGUCAAGGUAUGAAGGGGGAGGGGGUUACGGGGGUGGGUGGUUUAGGUAGGGUGGAUGUGGAGAAUGAAUGAUGUGGGGUGGGGGUUUGUUUGUGUUGUAAAAUUUGACAAACAAAUGAGGGUAUUAUUGUCAUUGAAGUUAUUAUAAGUUAGUGGAAAGCCUUUUUUCCUUUUUUUAA